CGCUGGACCAGCAGCGGCCCCGGGUCUGGGCACGCCAGCACCAGGGGUGGGACGCGGCGGUGCAGACAGGGCUGGAGCCGGGGGCGGGGCGGGCUGAGGAGGAGGACAGGGCCUCCUGAGGGACAGGCGGGCAGGGGCUGCCUGGCAGGAGGGUGGGAGGGCAUCUCCUGGCCACAGCCCCAGGAGGCCCUUCCUGCAGGUAUGGUCCUUGAUGACAUCUCCAAAAACCUCACCUGCGUGCCUGUCGCACGGUGCCCCUGCACGCUUGGCGGGGUGACCUACGCCCCCGGGGAGAUCACGGCAGACACCUGCCGCGCCUGGUGAGUGAGGGCACGAGGACAGGAUGGCGAUGCGGGGACAGGGACUCGGGGGCAGCUUCAGACCCUGGGGUGCCAUCUGGGUCACCCUCCCCACCCACAGCCGGUGCACCAUGGGACGCUGGGACUGUGAGGAGCGGCCUUGCCCCCGGCACUGCGCUCUGGAAGGUGGCUCCUUUGUCACCACAUUCGACGCCAGGCCCUACCGCUUCCACGGAGCGUGCACCUACACCCUCCUCCAGGUGGGCCACGCCGCCAUGCUGCCGCCAGGAGUCACCGCAGGGUCAUCAGGAAGGGAGGGCUCACCCUGGGGUCACCACAAGGGGUCCCGUCAGCAGGGGCUGCCGUAAGCCCUUAGCCCUGUGUGCUGACUGCUCCCCCUUUCAGAGCCCCCAGCUCCCCGAUGGGGGCUCCCUCCUGGCUGCAUACGACAAGUCUGGGUACUCGCACUCAGAGACCUCGCUGGUGGCAGUCAUCUACGUGUCAAGCCAGGUAAGCCCGCUCUGCCUGUGGCCACUGCCCCCACCCAGAGCGCCUGGCCCGCAGGAGGGGACGCCAUCCCCUGCUCUUGGCCCCAUGACUCAGGCCACCCUCCUUCCAGGACAAAAUCGUGAUUUCUCAGGACGAGGUGACCAACAACGGAGACACCAAGCGGCUGCCCUACAAGGCCGGUAUGUCCGCGGCCCCUGCCUGGCACCUCCGUGGGCCACGGUCCCAAAGCAGGCUGCCCGCUGAGCCCCUGUCCCCUAGGCAACAUCACGGUCUUCAGGCAGACGUCCACCCACCUCCAAAUGGCCACCACCUUUGGGCUGGAGCUGGUGAUCCGGCUACGGCCCGUGUUCCAGGCGUACAUCACCGUCGGGCCCCAUUUCAGGGGCCAGACCAAAGGUGAGCCCCUCCCGCACCUGCCCAAGGUCAGCCGGCUGCCCUGUCCCCAUAUGGCUCGGCCACACCAGAGGCGAAGGGGCCCCACACAGCCUCACACUGACCUAGCGGGUCCAGCGCCCAUGGCCUCAGGCCAGCCACUCUCGGUGGCCAGGCCUCCCAGUGGCGUGGCCAGUGACGGCCUCUUGCCCUGGGCACAGUGAUGGGCAUGCAGGGCGGGACGAGGACGCAGGCCGGCCCACCCUCAUGGCCCGGCCUGCUCAGGGCUCUGUGGCAACUUCAACGGGGACACGACGGACGACUUCACGACCAGCAUGGGCAUCGCCGAGGGCACCGCCUCGCUCUUUGUGGACUCCUGGCGGGCAGGGAACUGCCCGGCCGCCCUGGAGCGCGAGACCGACCCCUGCUCCAUGAGCCAGCUCAACAGUGAGUGCCGGGCUGCGGAGGGCCGCAGGGGCAGCGGAGACCCCAGCCACGUGCGCGGGAAACCCACCGGGGUCUGUCCCCGCAGAGGUGAGCGCGGAGACCCACUGCUCAGUGCUGGUGAAGACGGGCACCGUGUUCGAGAAGUGCCACGCCCUGGUGAACCCCAAGCCCUUCUACAAGGUGGGCAGGGCCUGCGGGCGGGUGGGGAGGGCUGCGGGCAUGGGGCGCCCGCGGGACCCCGGGAUGCGGGAGGGCGGGCGCCCAUGCGCUGUCUGCCUGCAGAGGUGCGUGUACCAGGCCUGCAACUACGAAGAGACCUUCCCGCACAUCUGUGCCGCCCUGGGGGACUACGCACACACCUGUGCCUCACGGGGCGUCCUGCUCCGGGGCUGGAGAGACAGCGUGGACAACUGCAGUGCGUGCAGGCCGGGCAGCCCGGGGGCAGGAGGGGGUCUGGAGGGCACGACGGGGGUCCCGGGCCCGAAGCUGUGCCCGGCCAUCUCCCCAAGGGCCUAACUUCCGCGUCCCCCACAGCCAUCCCCUGCACGGGCAACCAGACAUUCAGCUAUGACAGCCACGCCUGCAGCCGCACGUGCCUCUCACUAUCUGACCGCACCGCCGAGUGCCACCGCAGCGCCGUCCCCGUGGAUGGCUGCAACUGUCCCGAGGGCACCUACCUAAACCACGAAGCCAAGUGUGUGCGCAAAGCCCAGUGCCCCUGCCUCCUGGCCAACCACAAGUUCAUCCCGCCCAACCAGUCUACUAUGGUCGACGGUGUCGUCUGGUGCGUGAGGGGAUCUGGGCGGGUGGCCCCCACCCCGGCCUGCGGCCCCGGCCCAAGCCGACCCAUUCAUUCCACGUCCCUUGCAGCCACUGCACCAAUGGGCGGCUGAACUGCCCGGGGCGGCCACAGAUGCUCCUGGGUACGUAGCUGGCCAAGCGGUGGGCCUGACCCUCCCUGCACCAUGGCCCUGAGCCCGUCUCACCCUGGGCUCCUCCUCCCUGCAGCAGCCUGCUCGGCCCCCAAGACACUCCGGUCCUGCAGCCAGUCCUCAGGGGACGAGUUUGGGGCAGCCUGUGCCCCCACGUGCCAGAUGCUAGCCACCGGCACACCAUGCGUAAGGCUGGGGCAAGCCAGGGACAGGGAGGCCCCCAGAAGACAGUCUCCAGCAGACAGCCUCUGGUGACAUGCUCGCAGUGGACGGCCCCAGAGCCUUCCACUGGACCAUGAGAGGGUGCCCACAAAGUCCCUGGGGAAGGCAGGGCCAAACUCUGACCCCAGUCCCUGUCUCCCCAUGAAAAGCACAGACAGCGGGGCUGGGAAGCCAGGCAGCUGGAGGGCAGCGUGCCACCUGUGGGGUUUCCUGAGGACUGCGGGCUGCCCCCCGCCCCCAGCUUGGGGAGAGAAAAGAGGGGGCCCAAUGGCCUGGUCGUGACGCACAGAGGCCCGAAACCUCCCCGAAGGGAGGAGAGGGCUUUGCUGAAAGACUCGGGGAAGGGGUGGGUGCAGGGAGUGGGCUGGGGAGGGGUGCUGGGGGCCCACCUCCCCGGGGGCUACCAACCCCCUCCCUGCAGGUGCCCACCAAGUGUGAGCCCGGCUGCGUCUGUGCCGAGGGGCUCUACGAGAACGCCAGCGGGCAGUGUGUGCCCCCCGAAGACUGCCCGUGCGAAUUUGCAGGGGUGUCCUACCCCCGGGGCGCCCAGCUCAACACUGACUGUAUGACCUGGUGAGCCACGGCCCCGCCCUGGAGACCCCAGUGGCCCGGAGCUGUCCCAGGGUUUUCGGGGAUGGCAGGGGAUCCCCCACCAAGCCCACACGUGUGUCCUGUGAGGGCGUGCGCAGCCCAGGUCUCCCAGAACAGCCUGUUCCUCCCCCAGCACCUGCUCGAGGGGGAAGUGGACGUGCCAGCAGAGAGCCCGCUGCUCGUCCACCUGCACCCUCUACGGGGAGGGCCACGUGGUCACCUUCGAUGGGCAGCGGUUCGUGUUUGACGGCAACUGCGAGUAUAUCCUGGCCACGGUGAGGCUCAGUGGGGGCACAGGCCACAUUGAGGCCUGGGGGGCAGGGACGAGCCAUGGCGAGGCCCAGGGGGGCGGGGAGCCUGGCGGGCUCCACCUCAGCACCCCCUCCCCACAGGAUGGCUGUGGCGCCAACGACUCGCAGCCCACAUUCAAGAUAGUGACAGAGAACGUCAUGUGUGGGAAGUCGGGUGUCACCUGCUCCCGGGCCAUCAGGAUCUCUCUGGGGGUGAGUGGGCUGGAGGGUGUCCCCACUUCUCCACCACCAAGCCCCAGACCCUGGUUCCUUGUCCGCAUGACAGGCAGCAGUAUCUCCCAGAGCCGGACGGCCUGGGGGGAGGGUUCUCCCAGACACUUGACUCGGCCCUCAGCGCAGUGCCCAGUGUCCUGAAGCUUCCUGCCAACGGCAGGCUCCGAAGGGCCGGUGCCCAGCCCAGAGCUGGCCUUUGGCAAGUGCUGGCCACACGUGUCCUUAAUGGACUCGGAGAGUGCAGGCGAGGAAGCAGAGCUGGUGGCAUUUGGGCCUGAGGGCAGGCAGCCCGGUGACAGCCCUGCCCCGCAGGGCCUGUCCAUCACGCUGGCGGACAGGAACUACACGGUCAGCGGGGCGGACCCCCACGCGCACUACCGGGUGCAGGCCGGCUCCCUGCACCUGGUGCUGGACGUCACCAUCGGCAGCAGCUACAACCUGACCCUCAUCUGGAACAAGCACAUGUCUGUCUCCAUCAAGAUCACUCGUGCCGCCCAGGUAGCUCGCGCCCCGCCCAGGCCACCGGGCGGGGGGUGGCAGGUGCGCGCCUGACCCCGGCCCCCGCAGGGCACCCUGUGCGGCCUGUGCGGCAACGACAACGGAAACAUGAAGGACGACUUCGAGACGCGCAGCACGUACGUGGCGUCCAGCGAGCUGGAGUUCGUGAACUCGUGGAAGGAGAGCCCGCUGUGCGGGGACGCCAGCCUCCUGCUGAGCCCCUGCACCCUCAACGUCUUCCGCCACGCCUGGGCCAUGCGCAAGUGCAACAUCAUCAACAGCCAGACCUUCGCCGCCUGCCACAGCCAGGUGGGCCGCCCGCCCCUGGGGCCCCGGCCCCCCACGGCCAGGUCAGCCCCGGCCCUCGGGCCUGACUGCACGGCCGCCGGCGGGCACUGAGGGCGGCUCCCGCAGGUGUACCACCUGCCCUACUACGA